GGAAGCUUAUCAAAGCGGAGGGAGGGAGGGAUGUAGUGAAAGCCGGCACAUUUGACAGCUGCAGCUUGCAAGUUCAAGCUCGUCAGAGCUUAAACCCUAACCCCUUGCCUCCAAGUUCCGGACUUUUCCCUCAUGGAGCUGAUUGCAGGUGCACCGGGUUAUGGACCAGCUGAGGGCAAGUGUCUCCCAUGUUCUGGAGUUUCCAGAACAAUUGUCAAUGUAUCGCCAAGAUCUGCUUUCAUUGACCAAUAUAAAAGCACUUCGCAAGUUCAAUUCGGAUCUCUAAGACUUUCUUCCAGAAGGGCAAUUGUUUGCUGCAAAUCGAGUUCUGCGGGUUCGAGAAGAAACCCGGAUUUCCCAAGGCACAACAAGCAUGGGUUCUCCAGUGGAAGAAACCGCCCGAUGGAAGAGAGAGAGAGCUUUGAUAUCCUGGAUGAAUCAGAUAGUUUUCCUUCAAAGAACGGUCCAGUUCUCUCCAUUCCCAGUUCCCCAAAAUCUCAAGCUACUGCUGUGCCAGGGCCCAGGGAGAAGGAGAUUGUGGAACUCUUUAGGAAGGUCCAGGCACAGCUUCGGGAAAGAGCCGCAGUGAAAGAGGAAAAGAAGUCACAAGACGCCACAAAAGGACCGGGUAAAGAAAGCGAAACUGUGGACUCUCUCCUCAAGUUAUUAAGGAAACACUCGGUGGAACAAUCCAAGAGGAAAACCACAGGCACAACCAUCAGAAACCUCAAUACAGAACAGACCGAACAGCAGCCCUCGUCAUCUUAUGAAGAGAGAGGCCUGAGCUACUUUGAUUCAGGUAACUCCGUCAGAGAUGCAGCUCGAGUGCCUAACAAUAAUGCCUCUUUUAGCAGGCCUGUUUCGAACUUCCGCCGGAAGUCCCCGGUCCCAAGGAUGAAGUACCCGCCCAUUAAUCUGGAGACAGAAAGAAAUAGAAGUCGGGUCGAGAUGCAUCCAGAGCCUGAAGACGAGUCUGAGUUAGAACCCGAACCUGAGCCUGAGGCCGAGCUUGAACAAUUUGAGGAAGAACCGGAAGCAGUUAUUUCUGAUGAAGCUGUAUAUCAUGACAUGUCAGGCGGGAAUGACUUGGAACCGGAUGAAUCUGGAAACAGUGAAAAUGGUGAAGAGCAGGACCAACUCGGAACUGAAGACCUCACUGGGUUGAAGGUUGUGGAACUGAGGGCUUUGGCAAAAUCCCGGGGCAUGAAAGGGUUCUCUAAGAUGAAGAAAGAGGAGCUCCUCGAAUUGCUCAGUGAAAGCUCAGCAUAGUCACUUCACCUUAGGCGCAUCGAAAAUCUAAGCAGAGACCAUGUUUUUACAUUUUGAUACACGAGAUGAGAUUUUUCUUGUUCCUGUGACAGAUUCCAUUUUGUUCUUAAGGGUUAGUGACACUCGAAACACGGAAAUAUUCGUUAGUUUCUUUCUUGAUUACAUUAGACAAUCUGAAGUUCAUCUUGUGUCCGAA